CUCAGAACGGUGGCGGCUGGGAGCCAACAUCCCAGAACCAUGGGGCUCUGCGGGUGGGCGAGGAGGAAGUCUCCCCAACUCCCCCCCAAACCCUGAAUCCCAUCUCCACGGGGAGGAGACGGGGCGCUUGAGCCGCCUACCUGCCCCGAACCCCAUCCCCCCAGCGCACCGUGUGCGCGCGGAGGCCGCUAGCUCCACCUCAGCGCACCCAGCCCUGGCACUAACGGGCAGCAGCUUCCCUCGCAGGUGGCGGAGGCUCGGCCCCUUUAAGGCCGAGGCUGCCGUAACCCGAGCCCGCAGUGAGUGGCUUGUCGCAGCAGCCCUCGGAGCUGCCGCCACCGCUGCCCCCGGAGCAUCCUGGGUGGCAGGCAGCGAAGGGCUCUCCCCGCAGCGCCGGCGGGGAUGGGGGAGGAGCUGCGGCCACACUAGCCCCCGUCUGGCCUCCCAGCCCAGGCUGAAGAAUAAUGGCUACCUUCAACAAACUGAUUAUUGGCGCUGCUGUUACCAGUUUUACCAUAUUUCAGCUUCUGUUCCAUUUUCUAAGUUCUUGGGCAUCAACAAGAAUAACUCCUGCUUUUAAUAAUCUCAACCAAAAAAGGAAGAUUGAAUGGAAUUCAAGGACAGUAUCCACAUUCCAUGCCUUGGUGGUUGGUGCUUUUUGUGUAUAUAUCUUGUUGUAUGAUGAAGCUGUUAAUGCUGACCAUGUCUGGGGUGACCCUUCAAUUGUGAAACUGAAUAUUGCUAUUACCACAGGCUACCUCAUUUCUGAUUUGUUUCUUAUUACUUACUACUGGAAGGCAAUUGGUGAUAAAUUUUUUGUAAUUCAUCAUUUGGCAGCUCUGUAUGCCUACUACUUUGUACUGGGUGAAGGAAUGUUGGCAUAUUUUGGUAACUUUCGUCUGCUUGCAGAGUUCUCUACUCCUUUUGUGAAUCAGCGGUGGUUCUUUGAAGUGCUGGGGUACCCUAAAUCUUCAAAAGCCAACAUCAUCAAUGGGGUGCUGAUGACGAUUGUGUUCUUCAUGGCGAGGAUUGUAGUCAUGCCUGUUUAUUAUGCCGACGUCAUUUCUGUGUUUGGAACAGAGGCUUUCCACAGAGUAGGAGUUGCAGCCCAAAGCGCCUGGAUUAUCUCUAGUGUUGUCUUGGAUGUGAUGAACUUGAUGUGGAUGGUCAAAAUUACAAAGGGAUGCUACAAAGUAAUUUCUCUCAUUGGACAAGAGGAAGUCAAAAUGCGUAAGAAUGGAAAAUCUGACUAGAAAUCAUAUAUGUAAAACUGAACUUCUCUAUAAAGAUCAUUUGGGUUCAUUGAAACAAUGCACACUUUUGCCAUAAAAUGCUCCUCUAAGGAAACAAGGUAUUGCCUCUUUAUUGAUCUUAACCUUUCUCUUGCCACACUGCCUGCAUGCCCAGGGUCACUUCAUUUAAAGACAGUCCCACUCUAUGGAAUGGGAAACAAUGGCAUAUGACAUCCCGUAUGUAUAGGUUCAUACAGAUGAGUCUAGCUGUGUGUUCUAAGCACUUAACUGACAAAUGAACUUAAAAAGGAACAGACUGAUUAGUUAGUGGUCUUCUAUCAGUAUGUUCCUAAAAUGUUUUCACUCAGGUUUCUCAAUGUGUUUUUUAAAGCCUCUGAAUGUUAGGAUCUUUUGUUGUAAGUUAUGCAUAUAUGGCAAGUUUCCUGCCAUGUUUCUGUGCUUUCUCUUAUUAGUAUUUGAUGUUAACAAUCAAGAUUUCAUCCUUGACAACUUUUUAUUUUUUUUGCAGCCAAGGCUAAGAAUUUAGCUUUGAUGCUAUGAAAUAUUUUACUAACUUUCUGCUGCCUUAUAUGCAUGGACACAAACUUUUGGGGGAUUUAUUAAACAGUUUUACAGAUACUGGUAUAAUGUAUUGUUUUAUCUUUUAAAAAAUCUUUUAUGUGGAGGGAUGACUGUGCUGCUGUGUUAAUGUACUUCUAGUAGUAUUACUGUUAAAUCUGAUCAGAAUUCCGUCACAAGUUAACAUGGUAAACAGUGUGUGGAAACAGACUCAUUCUUACUAUAGUGCUCUCUCCCUGUGAAGGCUGCUGCUGCUUCUACUUUUGAAAAGUAUUGCAACUCUGCUUCUAAAUGUAUUAUUAUUAUUUAACCAAGAGACUUAUAGGGUGUAAACAACUUAAGUAUAGGAGACUAAAUAUUUUUGUAUAUGUGGCUAUGUCACAGUAACCCUCUCCCCUCCAGAGCCACCUUCUUAGUAUGAAAAUGCUCAUAUUGUGCUCAAAUGCUCAUAUAAAUAUGUAUUUGUCAUAUUUUUAUUGUUAUUCAUAUGGCUGGAAAUUUGAGGUGCUGGCCAAAGAAAGCCCAUCUGGUAAGCAAGAAGACUUAUCAGUGGACCCAACAGAGAAUAGUUUCCUUUAUUCUCUUCAAAACUGUUGAGAAGAUCUAUAGAGUGGGACACAGAAGCAGCUAACAUCAUCAGGGACAACAUUCUGUUUUUGGAUCCACAUAGUCCUUAGCAGAUAUUCUGCUUUCUCUUCAAGCAUAGAACUUCCAGUGAUGUCUGUGGGAGAUAAGGGAAAUUAGAGCAUGUGAGAAGAUCAGAAUAUGAAAGAGAUGCCAACCUGAGAGAAUUGUUUUCUCCCAUAUAACUGUUGUGGAGCAGCUAGGUGUGUUUGUGGUGGUUUUGUUUUUUGUUUGUUGUUUUUUGGAACAAUGCUUUCUUCACUUGAUUUGUCAUCACUUGCGGUUUGUGACACCAUCUGCUAGUAUGUGCUGCUGAAACUGCAUUUUCACACACUAGUGUGGUGCUAUUACAUAAAAACAUUGUAGCAAACUACUCAAGCAACUUAUUUUGUUUUUGUUUCUUAACAUUUAUCAAAUUCUUGCCCUGUUGGGAUAUGUUUUUUGUACUGUUCUCUUAGCAACACCCCUAAAAGUGAAAUCUUCUUUCCUCUAAACAAAUGCAGGUGUCUGGCUAUUAGUUAGUGUGGGCUAGAAGGGAGAGCUGUAAAACAAACACAAAAUUUCCAGGAACUAGCUGUCCCUUUAUGAUUUACUGAGGGCUUGUCUACACUUACAGCUUUGCUGUAGCAUUUAGUGAAGACUGCCUACAGCGAUGGAACAGCUUCUCCUGUUGGUAGAGGUACUCAACCUCCCCAAGAGGCAGUAGCUAUAUCAAUAGGAGAAGCCUUCCUGUCUACACUGGAGGCUGGGUCGGUAUAAAGACAUCGCUCAGGGUGUGGAUUUUCCACACUCCUGAAUGCUGCAGUAAUACUGACAUAAGUUUGUAGUGUAAAUCAAGGUUAUGUCUCCCUAGGUCACCAAGAAGACUCCACAAACUGCUAGCAAAGGACUUUUGCAUUGUCUUGCAGUAUAGCCAAGUCAGUUGUGGCUAAAGCAGUUCAGUUCUCCUCUUUAAGAGUACAAUAGAGCAUUAUAUAGGUUGAUAUAGUACUCACUUUGACAGGUGUAGUUACAUUAUUUAACUAACAGUAAUUUUUUUCAGUACUAUCUCUUUAUUUUUCAACGGGUGGGAGGCAAAGAUUGCUAAUGCAUUCAGUUCCUUACACUGUAUUCUUGGCAGUCCUGUUGCCUUAUUAUGUAGAUGAGUUGUUCAGUCCUAGAAAGCAUAGUAACUGAAGUGUGUCUUUUAUUUUCUUUAAUUGUCAUUCUUGAAUUAGCACAGUGCCUUGUCUUUGGUACCAAUAAAUUCAUAUUAUCAGUCAAUUGACCUCCAUUACAUUUUUUUAUUAAGGAAAACCUUUUUAUCAACAUGUAGUUUCAGAUACUUUUUAAAAUCAUGAUUUAAUUAAACACAUCCUGCACAAAAUUCAAUAUGCACACAAAGGCAGUUCUAUUGUAUUAGUGUUUAAGAUGGUAACUAGGUAACUAGUGAAAGAGAUUUUUUUUGUGCUGAUUCAGUAACUAAGUAUGCACAUCUGUAAUAACUUAUGUUUACAUUUUGGUUCUCUUAGCCAGUUUCAAAAUCAGUAAUUGAGUUGACUCAAGCACUUUGGAGAAAAUACACCUUGAACAUAGAAGUAUGAUGUUUACUAAUUCUGAAAAUAAAAUAUGGUAGGAUAAAACAUUUUUCAUAAGGAAAAUGAUUUUACAGCAAGUAAGGACUUCAUGAAAACUGCAUUGGAAGUCCAUCCUUUUUUAAGCAUUCAUCUUUAAUGGCAUUUGAAUCCUACAUACAAAAAGAAAGGUCACUUCAAGAUGACUCCAAUGUGGCCAUGUUUAUCACUGAGAAAAAAUAUGUCGGAAACAAACUUUUGAAGGGGAAUUGUCAAGAUUCUGAAACUUUUACAAAGAUGAUCCAGCUUUAGCAAAGGUAUUAAGAGCCUUUCACAGAACACUGGACCUAAAAAGGCCUGUUCUACAGCUUCAUCAACUGACAACAAAGGAUGAAGAAGCAUUCCUUGUUCCUAACCCAUUAUAAUACAACCUAUGUAUUAUAUCAAAUAAUUAAUAAAUGGAGAAAGAACACUGCUUCACUAGUGGGAUCCUGAUGUCAAUAAACUGGAAAUGGUGGAUCUAUAUGAACUUUAACAUUCACCCAACAAUGAGCGAAAUCUGUCACUGCCUGAUUCAAUUUCAAGUUUCUCUGUACAGAGAAGUGGUGUGUCACUCGGUGCUGUGUAGAGCUCCAGGGACAUACAUAUCUGUAUGACAUAAUACCAGCAGAGACAUGGUGGGUGAGGUAAUAUCUUUUAUUGAACCAAUUUCUGUCGGUGAGGGAGACAAGCUUUCGAGCUUACACCAGAGCUUGAAAUAAAGUUAUUACCUCACCCACCUUGUCUCUCUCAUAUCCUGGGACUGACAUGGUUACAACAACAUUGUAUAUAACAUCAGCACACAAAUUACUCAGGAUGUGUUUGGGUUUAAAAAAAAUGUCAUAAUUAGAAACCUCCACUAACCACCUCCUUACUCUACGUUUUACCCUGAAAUUCGUUUUUUUUUUCAAAUAGCAAAAUGGAAGGCAUGCUGCAGCCGGUGAUAAACUGAAGGUAGCUAUAGAGCAACUGAUUUUAGGGAAAAAAAAUAUUCACAUGCCUGGCUGAUCUGAGGUCAGUGUCAUAGUGUGAUGCCUGGCACCCAGGAGUAUAAUAGUAAAUGUCUACUUUAAAAUAGUUCAUUUUUUCAGUGCAUAAAGGAAAUGUCUGUGAACAAAAUUUGUUGAAGUCAGUAUAAUUCAGUCCUUACUGUCUCAAUGUGAACCAUAUUAUAAUUCAAUAUACAUUAGCGCUAUAUGCUACUGCCUGGAAAGUGAAAUCUAAAACAUGGACAUAAACAAAAUCCUUUGUAGUAUAUUAUCCUCAUGUAGGCUUUGACUGUCAAAUAUUGUACUGGUUUUGUAAUACACUUUUUUGAGCAUAUGAAAUAUUAGAGCUCUGAGGACUUGCUCCUGACUGAAUCAAGUUGCAUGAGGAUUGUUUUUUAAAGUUUGCAAGCUAGUAUUUUAUAUAGUGUGACCGGCAUACAGGCAACUUCUGAAUGUAAUGAAGAAUUUAUUUUAAAGUUAAUUAUUAUUUUAAUUUAUCCUGAAUUUGCAACUGAAAGCAAUUGGCACACUGAAAAAAAAAGAUUUUGGCUACUAAUGAACUCUGGCAUAAAUAUAUAUCUCAUAUGCGUAGUGUAUGUAUAUUCAAAUUCCCUAGCAAAUAUAUUAUACAUAUACACCAUUAAUGUUUACAGAUCUGUAUCCCAAAUACCUAUUUACAAUUAUUCACAUGUAAACUAACCAAAUACAAAACUGAUUUUACAGAUUGUUUAAAAAAAAAAAAUUUGGAGAACUGCUGUUGAGUCCUUAAAGGCUUUACAUUGGUCUCUGUCUAAACACAAACUUGGUAAAUACAGUAUGAAAUGCUUUAUAUGUAGAGUGAAGCUAAAAACUAAAUUUUGCUACGUUGACUGCCAUUAAUUCAUUACAGAUUUGUUUGCAGUAAAAUUAAUAUUGCAGCAUUGCCUGAGAAGAUCACGGUAACAUUAUUAAUUGCAAACUGUAAUGUAUCUUGUUUGUAUGGCAACCAUUGUAGUGUUCAGGAAUUUAGGAAUGUAGUGGUAAUACUGUGGCUUGAUUACAAAAGUCAUACAUUGUAAUGAGAUGAAUAUGUGAAUGAUUAAAUGUUACGGGUUUUGCUUGUAGAAUAAUCAUAUGAACAAUAUGUUUGUAUUUCACUGAGAUUGUAAUUAUUUCUACAUUUUAGUUAAACAGCCUUGCAGUUUGUAUAAAUUGAUGUAAACUGAUUUUGUAGGCUGAAAUUGACGUAGGCAAUAAUGUCAAUAAGCAAUAAGUUGCAUGUUGUACACAAGGUACUGGUACUUCAUAAUAAAGGAAGAGAAUGCA